AAAAAAAAAAAAAGACUUCGGACUUCGGAUUGGUCCGGGACUCCGGAUUGAAGAAGAGGGCCGCGUUGCCUACAUGCCUUCGAGCUGAUAUUGGCUGCGGGAUCGGAUUGCUAGCUGCUCAGGCUUCUCGGUUUGUUGUGGAGAUUGUACUGUUUGACAUCGUUAACCUAAUCCUAGAUUUUUUUUAUGUAGCAAAAUCAUGGUUGUAAGGUGAUGGGGAAGGACGCAAAGGCAAAAGACUCUGGAGGUAAGGGAAAGGGAAAGCAAACAGGGGGCGGAGGUGAUGAAAACUCUUCAAAGGGCAAGGGGAAAGCUGGGAAGGCUGCAGAUGGGCUUGGUACCUGCACAUAUGUCAAAGCUCGGCAUAUCUUAUGUGAGAAGCAAGGGAAGAUCAAUGAAGCAUACAAGAAGCUACAAGAUGGUUGGCUGAGCAACGGAGACAAGGUCCCUCCAGCUGAAUUUGCAAAGUUAGCUGCUGAAUAUUCAGAGUGCCCAUCGGGGAAGAAGGGUGGUGACCUUGGAUGGUUUCCUCGAGGAAAGAUGGCAGGUCCAUUCCAAGAUGUUGCUUUCAGCACAACUGUUGGAGCUACCAGUGCACCAUUUAAAUCAACGCAUGGGUACCACGUAAUCUUAUGUGAGGGAAGAAAAAACUGAAAAACUGAGGGAAUCCACUACAGUUCCGAAGAAAAAUUCUCAAAGUCGCCGUGUAAUUGAGAUUUUCAUCUGCGAAAUUAAUUAACCUGACACUGCCCUCCUAAUGGUCGACAUAAUAUUAAAAGGAAAAGUUUGUAUCUGAGAACUGUUCCGGUAAACUUUUCUUGGCAAAUGGUGAACAUUGGAAGAUCUUUGUAGGAUGUUGGUUUUCAUUGGAGGUUGACAGAUGAGGUUUUUGUGUA